UGAACAUGAAGUUAUCAAUGAUUGUUUUUAACUGUUAAUUUGGAAAUCAGUUCAAAAUUUAGUUAAUGGAGAGACGCCUGCAUAUCACUUACGCUCCUGAGCAUUUUUAUAACAACGGACACAAUGUUAAUUCCAGAGCUGUUGCUCGGUUCGGCCCUUAUGUCAGACCUGUGAUUCCGUUGGGAGGAUUUUGGGUUCCUCCUCAUUGCCCUAUACCAUACAGACCUGUGUAUACCAGCCCACAUACCAUAGACUGGCAUGCCAGCCUAAGCUCUCACCUCUUUUGCAACUCAACCCGGCUGAAACAAACUAAUCUCCUCCCACCACUACCCUCACCAUUCCAUAAUUUAAAUAGUGAAGACUUUUCAUCUAAUUUGCAAUGUUCGAGUGCCGAUGUUACGGAAGUCAUAAAAAUACAUAUAGAGGCCACUAAAUCUAAAAAACGAAUUUCAAAACCUUCCAAGAUAAAUUCAAGCAAACCAAACCUGACAGAUGAAUCUUUAGAAAAUGAGGAGAUCGAAGAAAAUUACAACCACGACAAAAUGAGCGGUGAUCUUGAUCCAGAGGUAUUGGCUAGUUGGAGGGAAAGCUUACGUAAACCUAAGGAAAAUUCUAGUACUCAUGAGCUGAAAAUUGAAAUUAGUGUUGAAAAUAAUAUGCAAAAGUCUUUUUGUGAAACUGCAGAAGAGAAGACAAGUGGAGAGAAAACUAAACCCAAUUCAAAGUCUUCAAAAGAAAACAGUUCACUUAACAGAUCCAGCAAAAGUAAACGUCAUAAAAAGAUAUCAUCAUCUUCUGCUGAUUUGACCGUCAGCACAUCAUCAAAAAAGGAUGGACUAGGUGGAAUAAAGAUUUCACUAACGAAAGAAACAAAACGAUCAUCAAUGAACGCCAAGACCUCUUCCCUGAGAUUCACACCAAUACAAGUACACAGAGUUCACAAGAAGACAAAAGAAAGAUCUCACUCAAAUUCGUCAAUAAAUAGCAGCGUUUGUACUCCAACUGUUGAAACUCUACCAGAAAAGAUGGCAAACGAUUCUGAAUCGUCAAGAACGUCAACAAAACCAGUGAAACUGAAGAGAGAUAAAAGUUCAGAAGAAAGUAGAAAAUCAAAUUCCAGAAGUGAAUACACACCAAGUAGAUCUCCAAGUCCAGAAGAAUGUAGGAAAAAAUCAAAAGAAACAAGAAAACACAUUUCAAAUCAUAGAAGCCCUUCUCGAUCAGAUAGAAGUCCAGAAGAACUGGAAGAAGGCACAAGAUCGUCUCGAAGACACAGAAGCCCAAGCCCAUAUAGAUCAAGAAGUAGACACAGCUUAAAAAACAGAAGAUCACAUUCAAGUAGAAAAUCACUAUCACCCGCAGACGAUGCAGAUCACAAUACAAAUAGUAGCUCAAGACGACAUAGGUAUAGAGAGAGUUCACCUGUUAGAAGUAGUUUAUCACAAACCAGCGAUUCAAUGUUGUCAAGAAAUUCAAGCUCAAGCUAUGACCCAAAGUUCCGUCACUCCUCAAAAGAUGCAGAUCCUGAUGAUAGCGAAGCGGACAAGACUAUUUACGUAACACCUGAAGGGAAGCCAUUUUAUAUACGGUCUUCCGAAGCUGAAAAUAGGCAGAGUUCAGGUAUCAAGAGGAGUUUAAAUGACGACUCUCAAAGUGAAUCCCAAUCCAACAACUCCAGUUUCAACGACUCCAGUUGUAACAGCUCGAUAUAUCAAACUCCAGAGGGCACACCAAAUGAAUUUAAUAAAGCAAAGAGAAUGAAAAUAAGAUGGAGCGACUCAAACACACUCAGCCACGACUAUAAUUCACCAUCUUCAAGCUGGAGACACAACCUAUCAUGCAUGUCGGAACAAGGAGUCCAGCCAGAGUUGAUUGGCUACCAGAUGAUUGGCGACAGCCAGUUCUGUCGGUUUGGGCAGCAAUUACUUGGCCUACAGAGAAUGCCCAUGCCAAACUGUCCCGGCAGAAUUGGUAUCUGCGUUAGCGGCCAAACGAUCACCGACCUCCAUAAAAGAGUGAGGGACAACUUUUACCCAAUUUCGGACAAAAUCAUUCUUAUGAUUGGCACAAAUGACUUUUUAAGGAAUGUGAACGUUAGCAGAAUGUGUGAGGAACUCUCUGCGCUUGUGAAGACGUUGCAGAAGAGCGCAUCCAACAUAAUCCUACUGACUCUGCCUCCGAUACCGAAACUAGCCAAGAAAAAUACGAACCACUUUGAACUCCUUGACAUUUACAACCAACACAUCAGAAGCCUGGACAACGGAGACAGCCUGAGGAUAGGAGACAUCAGUCCUCUGUAUAUGACCUGUCCCCCGUACCAAAGUUGCAGGAUGCAUCUGUUUGAGUUGUUUUUCGGAGGUCCAGAUAAAAGACAUGAUCUGAUUCAUUUGAAUCGCUUGGGUCUGGAGGUCAUUCGUAAAUAUAGUUUUCUCUUCAAUCAAAGAAAAUGUCUGUUGUUGACGAUUGAAACUGAAGAGCAGCUUGUUGAGGAGGUUAAUAAGGAGGUGAGGGACUAUGCUAUCAAGAUCGGCAUCAACCCCGACACUGAGAAGCAUUUGCUUACCAUCGCACUCGAUGGGCUUAUGUCACCACUGCCCGAGGAGUGGAAAGCUUGUCUUGAUGAACGAGUGAACCGCAUCUACUACUACAAUGUGAAAACCCAUCAAACCCAGUGGACCCAUCCCCUAGAUGAACAUUUCGAAAGCAUAGUGAAGAAGAAACGACAGGAAGAGAGCAUCUCUGCUGGUGAUGACGACUCAAAAACGUCAAUGAAAGAAGAUCUGAAAAGUUUUGAAGAAGCAGUGACCACCUCAGACAUGCUGCCAUCCAAAAAUCUUCCCUCCUCUCACAAGUCUAGACUUACCUCCCCCGCCAAGCCCCCGUCCCCUGAUGGUAGGAAGGUGCUCAACCCUAUUGGCCGUCCACCGCUGCCGCCCAAACGUCGUGCCACCUCCACCUCCCCCAAGCGUGGCCUCAGUCUGCGUCUCUCCAGUCCGGCCCCCUCCCCCAGCCGCAUAGACAUAGACUCCCUGGGCGUCCCUGUCAAUGUGACGGCUGGUCUACCUUCCCCGGACGUCAAGGAGAAGUCUGGCGCUCGCUCUCCCGGCAUUAAGCUAACUGGUGGAGGCUCGGCAUUUUUAAAAUCAAAACAAAAACAAAGCCCAAGUCCUACAGAUGAGGCCAAAAAACUUUUGGACGAUUCUGGUCUCAAGUCCUUUGAAAUCGUCCGCGAAGCAGACAGCUUAGAUUCAUCAGAUGAGAAAAGUCCAAACAACGAAGUUGAAGAUAGAAAACUCAAACAUUCCUUAAGUCUUGGAGAAUCUGGUUUCGACAAGUUGAUCAAAUCGAAAAAGUUUGUGAGCCUUCAGGAGAGUUUGUCGAGUUUGAAGAGUGAAUUGGAGAUUUCUUCGAGUGACCUAAAGUCCCCCAAUACAAGUGGAUUGCGGGGUAUUUUGAGGGAUAAACCUUCUCCCACUACCAAACUGUGGGAUGUCGAUCCAGCCCUUCUUACCAGCGAAGAGAAAGAGAAGCUGCGUAUUCAAGAGAUGAAAGACGAACGCAAACAGAAUGUUAGAUUUGCUGAUAUCAUCAAUAAGCCAAUCAACAUUGAGUUUUCCAAGUCAGAUUCUGAGGAUGAGUCAACGACAAACGACUCUUCUAACGAUUUGGACGAUUUAAUCUUGGAAAAUAUGCACUCUGACGACGAACUUAGGAAGGAAAAUAAGCUAUUAGAAAAUUCUCUAAAACUGCACAUGAAAUUAGACGACAAUGAGAAUACAAAAAUUGAUAGUUCGCCCGAGUCGCUAACAAAAGACAUGAGCUCACCAGGAAGCAACAAAUCCAACAGAAACAUCAUCUCAAGGCUCUCUGACCUUGGCAUGGAUUCAAAGAAGAAACGAGAUACCAAAACAAAUACUGAAAGCGACAACAUCAACAGAGAAAGUGGCAAUUGGCUGACGGAUACAGAAGACAUCAUGAAUCAGAACGAGAAGAAAAUACAAGCUUUAAGAAAAAAUGUUUAUGAUGUUACAAAAAUUAGUUGGGACGCAGAAAACAAUCCGAUAGACAAACAUCUGACUGAGUUGGGAUUUGCACAAACUCAAGGGAUUUCUCCACGAAAACAAGGCAGUCUUUCGCCAGUGAAGAAGACCCAGAUGGAAAUCUUGAACAAAGAACUGAUGGAUUCAUAUCAGUUGUCGGUGCAGAAAAUGAAACAAGACUCAGGUGACUUUGAUUUGAAACAGAUGAGCGAUGAUGUUGGUGAUGGCAUUGUGAAAUCUAAAGACGUCCGAAAGUCUAGACUUAUGCCGAAUGUUGAUCUGCAAAAGGUUUUCCAGAGUGUAAAGGAAAGUCUUCUGAACAGCUCUGAGCACAGCGACAGUGAGUUGGAACCCAUGGAGACCAGUCCCCUUGGUCCCGGAGAAGAGGAUGAAUCCGGAGCAGGGUACAAGACGGACGACCGCACCUGGGAGAAGUUCAACCGGAACAAGGACAGGAAGUUUGAGGAUUACAAGGAACGGCAGAAGAAAGUAUUUGAAGAGAAGAAGUCUGUGGUGUACCAGGAAUAUGAUGACACAAUGGAAGACAUUAGAAAUGAACUGAGAAGGCAAGAAUCAAUAGAACGUCAGAGAAUCCAUGCGGAAGUACAGCAAAGCAUGAUGAAGUACAGAGAAGAAGUGGAAAAAGAGAAGAAUGAGAGAGAAGCUGAGAUUAGGAACUUAUGCGAAGAGUAUCUGAAAGAGCUAGAGGCAAUGUUAUCAAAAGAGAAGGAAUUGAAAAUAAAGAAAAUGAAAGAAGAACAUGAAAUGUUUAUGAAGGAUCAGGAAAAGAAACUAAGUGAGGAAAAGGCACAGUUUGAAGAAGAGAAAAUGAUCAGGAUGCAUACAAGUUCAUCACAGCUGGAAAAAAUUGUUGCCGAACUCAAAGAAAAAGAAGAUCAAGAAAUUGCUCGGCUAAAAGAACAAAGUGAGAAAAAACUUGAAGCAGUCCGCAAACAAGUAGAAGAGGAACAGGCGGAACAGGAAAAAAGGCAUAAACAAGAGCUGGCCAUUGUGGAAGCUGAGUACGAGAGAGUUCUGGGAGACAAGCAGAGAGCGAAGGAACAACUUAAGGCCCAGCAGGAGGCUGAGAUAGCAGCCACCAAGGCACAGCACCAGGCAGCACUGGACCUGCUGGCGGAGCAGCACACUGUAAUGGUGCGUCAGCUGGAGGACCAGGCCAGAGAAGAGGAAGAAUUCAUGAGGAGAAAACAUUGUGAAAAAAUGGAAACGUUGAAUGCCCAGCUUAGUCGUACGUCUGAAAAAGAGGAUGUCACACAGCUAAACAGAGAGUUUGAAAAGGUUCGAUGUGAAAAGAGACUUUUGGAGGACAAGUAUAAAUCCCUCAAGGAAAAAUAUGUUCGACUCAAAAGCGAGGUUCGUCUGUCAAUGGAAAGGAAACGUCAGGCUAAGUUGAACCGACAGCUGCAACACCAGCGAGAUCCUGCGUCCACUACGGAGGAUACCUCAGCUGACCAUGGAAAACCUCCACUGGCUCGCAGGAAACUUGUGCCUGCGUUUUCGUCAGAUGAGGGAACAGGUGACAAUGCAAACGGAACGCCCAAAACAAUCAAACGACGACCCAAGCUGACAGCGUCGAUGACGACCUCGUCAGCGGCAGAACAGUCGUCCAGCUCUGCACCGCCUCAGCGGCCAAAAAACGUAUGGAAUCCUUCCCCCCGACAGAGGAGGGAAGGAGUUUCAUCGGCUGAGGACAAUCACACUUCGGUCUCGGAAGAGAUACAAUUGGAGCAGGAUGACUGUGCAGACGACAAGUGGGUACAGUCUGCGUUGAGUCCGCUGGAGAAUCUGCGUAAACAGCUGGAGAAGCUGGAUGACCUUGAGGAGCAGUUCCCUACCUCUGUACACACGGACACGUACCUGCGAUACCCCUUCUCUGGCCCAGGUAAUGAGAAGUUACAUUGUAUCAGUGACCGACUGAUUGUUGUAGCGGGUGGUAGCUGUGAGCUGGAUUUUUACCGUCAUCGUCUGCACCUGGAGCGGGAGGCGGUGAGGAGAGCCAAGCAAGCCUUGGCGGAGCAGCGACUCAACAUUGAGGCCCGACAACUACAACUGCGUCAUCGGCAACACUCACAGACACUUAACACAUUUCAUCAGGAAGAACGGGACCUUACGGAUAUGGAAGUUAGUCUGCAUCGUACAAGAGCCUUGCUAGGGGAGAAAAUUAUUCGUCUUAGGUACCUAGAACAGAGUAUAGACAGAGCUGCUGCUUUCACACCUCACCACUCCCACUCUCACGACUCCACCACUGCUACCAACACAGACUCUUCUGGGUUCAGCGGCAGCGACUUGGACCUGUCCAAUGCAGGUCAUGUAGGAGUUGCGAGGUCAGAGGUUUAUUGGACAGAAAACGUGCUUCAGAGUUUGGAAAACAUCAAUAGCGAAAUACGAGAGAUCUGGACUAUUUUAGGAAAACAACAAGUUCCAGGACUUGGACCCCCACCAGUGUUGAACUGUGAGAGUCGAGCCAUCGCGGGGACUGACACUUACGCUCCACAGAGAGCUACGGACAUUGCCGACCGCACUCGGAAGCUUAAAGAAUGGCUCGUCAGAACCCGAGAGCAACAGACAUACAUGGUGGCUCCAGUUAAUUUAUAAAUCUUUAACCUGAUCAGCUGUUCCUGUUGUCACUAGUCUCCUCGGUGUGAUAAGAUAACAAUCCCUCCUAUACGAGAACCAAAGAUCCUCUUAGCAAUAAUUUGCUUUAUCUCCGUCUACACAUCGUAUAUCAUGUUAACUUCGAAUCGUAUAAAUUAUUUUUACUAUUCGCCACGCACAGAGUUUUGAAUCUCUAGUCACUUAUUUCCGAUAUAUUAGUUGUAGAAAUACGAUGUUUGCUGUGAUAUUUGUGUUGCACACAUUUUACUUGUAUGCACCAAAGUUUAUUUUUAUAUUUGUCCGAUGUAGUGUUACGUUGCACAAAUUUUAAACGUCGUUAAGCAAAUAUAUACAUUCCACAAUC